AUGCCGCGCUGGCUGUUCUCCGUCAUUUUGUUCGUCGGAGUGGCCAGUAUAAAAUACGAGUUCAAGGUUCCGAACGUGCGAAAUCCCGAUUUAACAAGGAAGCAAUACGAAUAUGAGCGGCCAGAGUCAUCCAAGAUACCAGAAGAAAAGAAAAUCAGCCUCGGAGAAGCUGGUGAGGUUAUCCCAAAGUUCAAAACACCGUUCAAUAAAAUGUCGCCGCAAGCCUUGAAACAAAAAAGUCGAGAGUUCGGGGUCAAUGUGACGGACGAAGAGUUGGACAAAUUCAACGAAGAGGCCAACAUUGCGUACAUCAAACCGGGAAUGUUUCCGAAUUAUUCAAAAUUGCACGCAUACAGAAUAACGGUUAUUGACCACAUGUUAUUGGGGGAGGCAACUGAUUACUCUUUUGUUCCGUCGAUAGAUUUCUUGGACGAAUAUAUGGUAAUUAUUCCAUUAUUAAUCGUUUGAAUACAUUCUUCAGGUAACUGUUCCUUGCUCAAGUCUGGAAGUCGGUCACACUUACGACCGCGUUUUCAUUUUCCGCAAUAAAAUACACUAUGCGAAGUUCUACUACAUUUGUCCUCGCAAAAAAGAAGUGGGUGCGUGCGAAGCGAGCACAAUAAUGACCACACCCGACAAUGAACAAGGAUACGAACGCCCCGAACUCGACAAUCUGAUUUUCAGAACCGUAAAUCAAGAUCAUUUGAAAGUGAGAAGAUGGCGCAGUUUCUAUACAUGCGAAAAGGGAGACUUUACCAGAAGACUAUACCCGGUCAGUUCUAAACAGUCAUCUUCUUCACCUUUACCAGUAUUUUUUCAGGACCUGGCUCAACGUCUAUCUCGAGUGGGUCUUUACAGUCUCUAUGAAAAUUUCUAUCACGACGAUCCAAAUGCAAAACUCGCGUUGAGAUUGGUUGGACAACAACUGAUUCGCAGUUUCCGAGAGGAAGUGCCAGACUUUACGAAAGAACGAAUCGACGCUCUUGAGCAUAAAGAAAGGUGGUAUUGGCAGAAUAAGUACGAGCACGAAAAGCACCUCGUGAACAAUGGUGGUCUGACGGAAGACAUGGUGGCUGUCUGGAAGCUGAAAGAAUGGAGCUUUUGA